AUGUCCAAAUUAAUUGAGGAAAAGCUAGCUUUCGUUGAGAAUGAAACAGUAUUAUGCUUUCAUGGCCCGUUACUUUAUGAAGCAAAAAUUCUUGAAGUGAAAAACCUUGAUCAUAAAGAUUCAAUUGCAGGAAAAAAGGGUCUUCAUUACUUUCCACCAAGAGAAGAUAUUAAAGUCACCCAACUGGAAUAUACAAAGAUACCUAAAAAAUACACGCAGAAACAUAAAAGACAAAAAAUCAUCGAUGAAAAUAGUAAAAACAAUUCAUCAAAUCUCAAUGAAAAUAAUUCAGAUCAAAUUGAAAAUAAAGGCGGUAGUAUUCAAAAGAGUUAUGAUGAAGAUCUAGCGAAAGACCAGAAAAUUGUUGAUAAUGAUAAGAAAUUUACAGAGUUUUUUGAAACUAAAAUUAUAAUGCCACAACCACUUAAAAUUAAAUUAAUAGAAGACUGGGAAAUCAUUACUAAAAAUCAAAAGUUGUAUCAAUUACCUCGACAAAUUACUGUUGUUGAUAUCUUGAAAGAAUAUUUGGAUUAUAAGCAGAACACAAUCAACGAAUCGGUUGAUAAUUCUACAAUAGAUUCUCCUUCUAAACAAUCAAUUGUGUCAAAUGACGAAUCUUCAAAUUUCGAAAUCUUUCUUGAAAAUAACAUAUCGAGGUAUUUCAACACAAAUUUUGCAUCUGAUGAAAUUUCUUUUACUAAGAAACCAAAAACAAACAAGAAAAAGGCUCUAGGAGGCUUGACUUGUGCAAAUUGCAAAACCCCCAAUACACCUAAUUGGCGAGCAGGAGAAAAACCAGGACAAAAAUUGUGUAAUGAUUACUGCCGAUUCCCUGGUUACCUAUCCCGUACUGAACAAGUAGCUGGUGGAAAAAAAGUCAAGAAAACUCAACUUGCUUGCAGUAAUCAAUUCUGUGCCAAAUCACAACGUCCAAAAAUUCGUAGUUUAAAUAAUAAAUCAAAUUCAGAAUUAUUAGAAAUUUUGCAGGAAAUAAGAUAUUUACAUAAUUCUAGUGAAAGGGCAGUGUCUAAAGAGCCUAUAUUAAUAUCUAGUUAUUGA